AUGACCACAGAAACUAUGUUGUUCACAUCGGGUGACUCUAUGCUUAAUAAUGGAACCAGCCAAGGACAAAGGAUGGCUGAUUUCCUGAUGAACAUAGCAGAAAGAGAGAGAGACUUGGGUUUAUGUAUGGGACUUUUUGACGAAAUAAAAUCAAGAAAUUGCGCACUUUACGGUCAAUGGUUUGGCAUUAUAUCCAUUAUUUUAUUAAUCGCACUAGGCAUUGUUGGAUUUAUCAGCCAUAUCGUGUUCAGUAUUGUUGGAUGGGUCAUUGCUUUUAUUCUUAUCUUUGUCGAAGUACCAUUAUGUUUAAGGAUGUGUCCAACAAGCCCGAAAUUUGAUAGCUUUAUCGCCUAUUUUGAAAACUGUUACUUUCGCGCGAUUAUGUAUUUAGUAUUUGCGGUUGUCAUGUUUCUUUCUACUCUGAUGAAUACAGGUCCUCUUGUGGCAUGUGGUGUUACUUUAUUACUCGGUGCGAUCUGUUAUGGUGUUGCUGCUUUCUCUGGUCAAGCAUUCGCUAGCUCCAAGUUUUUGGGAGGUACAGGAGUUGACAAUGUCGUUUAG